AUGCCUCGUCGCGCGGCAUCCCCAGCGGUUUCAGAAAAUGAGUUCGACAUCACAGGUGCCCUCUUCCAGAACGACAGCGACUCCGACAACGAACAGUCGUCGGCCAAGUCCAAGCGGCACCCCCCAAAGAAGGUUCCCUCGCAGGCGCUCGACUUCCUUGGCGAUGUGAAUGAAGACGACGACGAUGAUGAGGCGUUUAUCGCCGAGCAGCAGACAUCUGCCAACCGCAAGGCUUCGAAUCUCAAGGGUCGUACUGUUAAGAAGGGUGGUGGUUUCCAAGCUAUGGGCUUGAAUGCCAAUCUGUUAAAAGCAAUCGCUCGGAAAGGCUUCUCAGUACCGACUCCCAUUCAGCGCAAGACUAUUCCGGUUAUUAUGGACGACCAGGAUGUAGUUGGUAUGGCUCGGACUGGUUCGGGAAAGACAGCCGCUUUCGUUAUCCCGAUGAUCGAGAAGUUGAAGAGUCACAGCACCAAGGUUGGAGCCCGCGGCCUGAUUUUGUCCCCCUCGAGAGAGUUGGCACUGCAGACAUUGAAAGUUGUCAAGGAGUUGGGCAAAGGGACCGACCUGAAGUCAGUUCUUCUUGUUGGCGGAGACAGCCUGGAGGAGCAAUUCGCGAUGUUGGCCGGCAAUCCAGACAUUAUUAUUGCGACACCCGGUCGAUUCCUGCAUUUGAAGGUGGAAAUGAACCUGGACUUGUCCAGUAUCCGUUAUGUCGUUUUCGACGAAGCUGAUCGACUAUUCGAGAUGGGUUUUGCCGCGCAACUAACAGAGAUCUUGCACGGUCUUCCUCCGAAUCGACAGACUCUCCUAUUCUCUGCCACCCUCCCCAAGUCCCUUGUCGAGUUUGCCCGCGCUGGCUUGCAGGAACCUACAUUAGUCCGUCUGGAUACCGAGAGCAAGAUCUCGCCAGAUCUUCAAAAUGCUUUCUUCUCCGUGAAAUCUUCGGAGAAGGAAGGGGCCUUGCUUUACAUCCUCAAUGAGGUUAUCAAGAUGCCGACUGGGCCAACUGAGGUUGCACAACAGAGGAAAGAAGAGCAUACGAGCGCCAAUAACUGGAAGGACAAGAAGAGGAAGAGAGCUGAAAUAGAAAAGGCUGUCAAUACGAAAGAGUCUCCGACCAAGCAUUCGACAAUUGUUUUCGCUGCGACAAAACACCACGUCGAUUAUCUUUACUCUCUACUCUGCGAGGCGGGAUUCGCUGUAUCCUACGUCUACGGUGCAUUAGAUCAAACGGCUCGGAAAAUUCAGGUUCAAAACUUUAGAACCGGCAUGUCCAAUAUUCUUGUUGUCACCGACGUUGCGGCUAGAGGUAUUGAUAUUCCUAUCCUGGCAAAUGUCAUCAACUAUGAUUUCCCCUCCCAGCCAAAGAUUUUUAUUCAUCGUGUCGGUCGAACUGCUCGUGCAGGGCGCAAGGGUUGGAGUUACAGUCUUGUCCGGGAUGCAGACGCUCCUUAUCUGCUUGAUUUGCAACUUUUCCUCGGAAGAAGACUUGUUGUUGGCCGCGAAUUUGGUGAUCAAGUGAACUUCGCUGAAGACGUUGUCACUGGCAGUCUACCCAGGGACGGCCUCUCUCAAAGCUGUGAGUGGGUGACUAAGGUCUUGGACGAUGAUGCCGACCUUGCAGCCCAACGCACGGUUGCUGCCAAAGGUGAGAAGCUCUAUAUGCGAACGCGAAACUCGGCAUCUCUUGAGAGUGCCAAGCGAUCGAAACAGGUGGUUUCUUCCGACAACUGGACAAGCAUACAUCCGCUCUUCCAAGAUGAAACUAGUAAUUUAGAGGCCGAGCGAGAGAAGAUGCUCGCCCGAAUUGGUGGCUACCGGCCGCCAGAGACGAUCUUUGAGGUCAACAACCGGCGCAUGGGCAAACACGAGAGCGAGGAGGCUCUCGAUACGAUCAAGAGAGUUCGUACCACUCUAGAGUCCAAGAAGAAGCGUUCGCAAGCGAAAGAAAAGUUCGAGUUCCUCGAAGACGCCCCCAACGGCGACAAGAAGGCAGCCACCGAGGCGGAAGAGAAACAGAACGAGGAUGCAUUCUCUGACGAGGACGAGGACGUUCCCACGGGUAUGGCGGAUAACAUGUCGAUGGCGUCCGAUUCAGAGCUGGAAGUCACCUUCUCUUCAUAUUCACAAUCAAACGGAAACAAGGCGAAGAAAGCCACCGCGGCAUCUUUCCAGAAUCCCGAAUACUUCAUGUCUUAUACCCCGAAUAACAACUCCCUGGCCGAGGACCGAGCUUACGGUGUGCAUUCCGGCACCAACUCCAACUUCGCCCAGGCAUCACGCAACGCGACCAUGGAUCUGGCAGGCGACGAGGGAGGCCGCGGGUUCGGCGAGCCUCGUACACUGAUGCGCUGGGACAAGCGACACAAGAAGUACGUGGCACGACAGAAUGACGAAGACGGCUCCAAGGGCGCGCGCCUCGUCCGGGGCGAGAGCGGUGCGAAGAUCGCAGCCAGCUUCCGGAGCGGACGGUUCGACGCAUGGAGGAGAGGUAAUCGUCUCGGCCGCAUGCCUCGGGUGGGUGAGGCCGAGGCUCCUAAUCUCGCUGCUGGUCUCAACGCAGCCAUCUCCGGCAAGCGGUUCAGGCAUCGCAGGGAGCAAGCGCCCAAGAGAGCCGAUCCUCUUCGUGGUGAUUACGAGAAGAUGAAGAUGAAGGCUGAAAAGGCCAAGGAGCGGUCAAUGUCCAAGGCGGGCGGCGCGGCAUCCCGUGGCAAGAGCGAGCUGAAGAAUACGGACGAUAUCCGGAUUGCGCGCAAGCUGAAGCAGAAGAGACGAGAGAAGAAUGCUCGUCCAUCGAGGAGGAAGUAA